AUGUAUGUAAGGGAGUGUACGGCCACACGUUACAGUCAUAACGACCGAUUCUUAUGCUUUUCUCCCUCUCUUUCUCUUUCUUUUUCUUUUAGUUCUCUCUUCCACUGCAGAAUGAGACAACUGCAAGAAAACAUAGGAAGACUGCAGUCCUGCGGCUUCAGUAAAACAAAAUCAACUCAGGCACUGAAGGAUGCCGGCAACAACUUUGAUGUCGCGCUUCGAAUACUAAAAAAACAACAAGAACAACAAAAACAACGGCAGCGGCUGCAGUCGAAUGUGGCACGGCCACCUGACGAGAAACCAGCCCCCGAUGAUAGUGAGAUGGAGAUGGCCAUCGCCCCUCCAAAGGAGAAGAAACACCCUUGCAUAGUACAGUAUAAGAAAUGUCGCUACGGAGAGUUUUGUCUCCUGCGAGACCUCCCUGGCGACGUAUGUAUCAACCACUUCAUGGGGAAUUGUGCCUUUGCCGACUCCUGCAAGAGACGGCACCAUGUGGAUGGCGUUGAUAUACGUGCGGCUCGUCGCCCCGAGGUGCGUGAAGAGAGGAUUACGCUCCAGACGGGUGUUAUCAUUAAGCUGGAUAAAGUGAACGGACAUCAUCUGCUUAUUGGAAGACCCGUGGAACGUGACGCAGAGCCAAAUGCAGAUGUCACGGGGCUGGUGGGAGAGCCACCACCGCCAAGCCGCUUCAACCUUAUCCAGGGAUCCGAACCCACACACACGGAUCCCUAUCCAUUGGGAUGGCAGAUGCAAUCGACACCGUGCGCGUCUGUGGUGCAGGCGCCGCGACCAUUUUUAGAGGCGGUGCGAAGACAACCUUCAGAGCAAAACACAACACCAUCAACACUGGUGCAAGGACCAAAUGGGCCUUCAGCGUUGUCAUCCGCAUCAAAGGCCGCUGCCACCGCCGUUUCCCCAUCGCACAAGGGGAAGCAUCCCUGCAUAUUUCAGUUUGGCUCAUGCAAAUAUGGGAAAAAUUGUAAUCAUGCGGAUCGAGACGAGGACGUUUGCGUCUUAUUUUUGAAUGGUCGGUGCAAUCGCGGGUCCACUUGUCCGUACCGUCACGAAAACAAUGCGGAAUUCUUGCGGCGCGCCAAACCUCAGGUGUUUGGAAAAGUUUUGUCCGAUGAAAUAGCUCUGGGUGACAACAACAUGAAACUAGAGGAAAUGCAAAAAAAAUAUGGCGAAACGUUGCAAAUACGGCAGCAGCAUCAACAACAAAAACAGGAAGAGGGAGAGCAGGAGUCAUGGAUGCAGGCACCGUGGGAGCGGCAACAGGCAGUGCAUUUGUCGAGUUUUUUGCCCGAUUUAGGAUCGGAUGUGGAUUGUUGCAGUGGUGAUGGGCAGCGGACGCCUCAAGACAACGACGAUGGGAGAUUGGACGACAUGGAGUUGAAUGCUCUCGUGGCUCUUAUUGAGGCGUUCCCUGCCACGGAGCCACGUCUUUUGCUGCAUGCUCUUCGCUCUGCCAACGGGGAUGUCGAUUUGGUGGCCGAUACGCUGAGUAAAUUGGACGGCUUUGAGACCGUCGAGGACGUUGUUGCGUACCUUUGGAAGGAGCGCACCGAGGAGGAGGCAUCGCUGGAGCAGACGAAGACGCAGUCAGCAGACGAAUCUCUUCUCACGCUGUGUUCAUUGUUUCCAGCCCUGGAUGUACCCUCGAUCGCGGCAGUCUUGGGUAAGUGCAAUGGGGACUACGCAGAGGCAUACGGAAUACUCCUUUGCUCAACAGAAAACAUCACGCGACAGGCCCUCGGAAAUUGCUGGAACGGUAGCCUCAAACAAUCGGACGAAUUUCGGCUACAGAAAGUGUGCAAAAUGUUUCCUGCGGUACCGAAGGAGGUCGUGCGCAGCACUUUUGGCGCGGCCGGCGGGGACGCGGAAGAAACCAUCUCCGCACUCAAUGCGAUGAUGAAAGAGAUGUUGAAUCUGGAAACAGAGACGGUUGCCACUUUUGCACUCGCCGCGGCAUCUAAAAAGACAACCUCGGAGGAGCCACCGUCCUAUUUCUUGCGGCCCAGUGCGACACGGGACGAAAUCCAGAAGUUCUACGAAGAGGUGGAUGACGAACUGCGCAAGUUGGGUGACUGGCGACGCGUGCGUGAACAGGCGUACAUCGUCAACUCUUGUCGUAUUCGGGUUAUGAGUCAGGCAACGCAGGCCUACAAGCGUGGAGAUGGCAAGACGGCAAAGACGCUGAGCCGCCAUGGCAAGCAGCUUGGUGCGGAGUACGUCCAUCUGAACCGCAUCGCUAUGAUUGCUCUUGAGCGGGAGCGGCUUGCGAAGAACCCCGCAUCAACGCUUGACCUGCACGGUUUUCAUGUGGACGAAGCGGUGGAGGUGUUACGGCGUCGCGUGCAGUUGUGUGUGCAGAAAGGCAUCCGGCGGCUAACCAUUGUAAUUGGCAGUGGGCGACACAGCCGUUGUGGGCAUUCCACCAUCUACCCCGUCGUCUUGAGGCAGCUGAAGGAGGACCCAGAGCUCGAAAGAUUCGUGAAGCUCAAAUCGGUUAAGCCAGCGUACAUUGAGGUUGACAUCGUACUGCGUGAUCGGUAG